AGGUUUAGUUAAUUCGUAGUCCGAGUGAAGCACAGUGACAUGUUCAUAUUCGCGGCAGUGUUUGUGAUUUUUAGUUUAACAAAUGGAUUUGUUUCGAGUUUUGAACAUUUUGAAGAUUACUCGUUUGACCGGAACCCGGAACAAAUUAAAAGUUUGAAAGAUUACGCGUCCGCAAAUGCUCGUACGUUUAAUGUUUUCGACUAUAAUAGUCAUUGGAAUUCGAUUGUGCGACAACUCAGAGAACAAUUUGGUCAAAACGAUGGGUCAUCUGCUGCAUACCUAUAUCAGCAACAACAACACCAGCACCAGCAAUCGCCAUAUUCUCAGCAACCGCUACAAGAACAGCAACAUGUGAAAACUGUCAUCAUCACUAAACACAUUCCUCAACCUUACAAAAUUGAAACUGAGAAAAGGAUUCCGUACUACGUGAAAGUACCUGUUGAGAAACCAUAUCCAGUAGUUGUUCCGAAGCCGUACACAGUUCCGAUAGAAAAACCAUUUCAAUAUCCGGUUAAAGUAUUCAUCCCUCAGCCAUAUGCAGUAGAAAAAGAGGUACCUGUUCCUGUGAAAAUACCCGUCGAAAAACAGGUUCCUUACAUUGUUCCUAAACCAUAUCCAGUUCAUAAAGAGAAAAUUGUCAACUAUCCUGUGGAAAAUCCUGUUUUCUACCCCGUCAAGGUGCCUUUCGAACGUCCUUACGCUGUUCACGUACCGGUCGAGAAAAGGGUCCCAUAUAUGGUGGAGAAAGAGGUACCAUAUCCGGUAUACGUGCCCCAGGAUCGACCCGUACCUGUACCAGUUGAAAAACCAUAUCCAGUUCCGUACGAAAAACGAGUACCAUAUCCGGUAGAAAAACCUGUACAUAUUGCUGUUCCUAUACCUGUACGAAUUCCAGUUGAAGUUCCAGUACCUAUUCAUAUAGUGAAGCACGAACCUAUUUUUAUACCAGUCCACGAACAUUCCCAGGAUCAAGAUUAUCACGAACAGAAUAACGUUCAAUCGUUCACUAUUCCUACAACUUCCUCAAGUAUCAUUUCCAACGAAAAUAAUCCCAGUACUGCUAUCAAUGUCAUACAAAUUUCGGAUGACUUCGCUCAAAGUAAUGGUGUUUCAUCCAGCGCAGCGCCAGAUACUUUUUAUGAAGGAUCUGUAAAUGUUGCGCAAUCUGUACCAGCACCAACUACUACCGUUGAUGAUUCAUCAGAAGAGGAAGAAAGUACUGUUACAGAAUUACCAUUCACCAACACUAGUCAAACAAAUAUUACUCAUGCACAGUAAAGUAGAUUGUUGCAGAAAUACUUACAUACCUAUUUAUAUGCUUAGGCCAUGGCUACCUGAUCUGCAAUAAAGAGUUGGAAAAGUUAGGUAACCAGAUUGAUUAUUCUGAUAAUCGAGGUAACCAACUUUUGAUGAAAAUGUCCUACGGCGUAUUAAGUACAUGAAACAUGUACGUGCAAUUAUCUAAGUCUGACUGAAGAUGCAACUCAGGGAGAUGACAGAUGAACAUGAAAUGACUAGCACGAUUGGUUGCCUCUCUUGCGAUUGGAGGUUCGAUUCUCAUGUAAAUCGAAAAGGCUGAUGACGUCUGAAAUUUUUGAUUCAGCACAGUUGCACGUUAUGAUGCUGCAGUACUGAUGAUUGUUUCAUGUUGCGUUCUAAUUUAAUAUUUUUAUGAUUUUAUUUUUAAAUUGGCAGUAAGUAAACUUGAUGAAAAUGUAGUCUACUACCUACCUAUGUAUUUGAAUGCCAACAAUGAGUCGAUAUUUCAAUCAGAAACAAAUCUCAUAGGUAAUAAGUAAAUAACAUCAUACCAUCUUUUGAUACCUACAUAUUCAUUUAUUGUUUUAUCAUUCUAAUAAUCAGUUGUGAAACUAACUAGAUUAAACAUAGGUAC